AUGAGUGCAACGCUGCAAAUAAUAGCUGUCAUAAAAACGCUUGGUGUAAUAACACUCAAGGAUCAUUCACUUGCUCCUGUAAGCCAGGGUACGAAGGUGAUGGAUACAAUUGUACAGGUAAAAUUCUUUGGUUUUUUCAAAUCCCUUUAAAACAAUUCGCCUUAGUUUGAGAGGUGACUGAUGACUUGCUCUGAAAUCAGUGCGAGAAAGGGAAUGUGUUUUAACCGUAACUGACUAUAUGAUUAUGUUAUACUGGUGGCUAUAUUGACUACCUGUUUAAUAUUUACUUUAAUUAUCACUCAGACGCAGACGAAUGCCUGAAAAACUCUCACAAUUGUAGCGAAAAUGCCACCUGCACCAACAUGGAAGGGUCCUUCAACUGUAGUUGCAAACCAGGGUACGUUGGAAAUGGCCACAGCUGUUCAGGUUGGUUCUUGGAAUUCCUCUCUUGCUUUCCGUUAGUUUUGAUACUUCUCGGGUUCAGUACAAUUAGGGCCGGUUAAUGUUCAGCAAUGUACUUUUAUAAAUUGAAGUAAAUUAUAGGAAAUUGUUACUCGCUCUUUUUAUAAUAAUUUCAUUUAUUCAUUCAAAUAUUAUUUAAUUACUUAUUCAAAUCUAACAUCUCAGUCAUCACGUAUUGUGGAUAACGAUUCAGAGUUCAUCUCUAUAUAUUUGCACAACGCGGAAAACCAGGGGGGAGUAACUUUUAACCCCCUAUUCUGUACUACAAUGGGAGCAUAA